AUGACUACCCACAUCAAAGUACCGUGCUCGUCAGCCAACAUUGGCCCUGGCUUCGACGUCAUUGGCCUCGCCCUCAAUCUCUAUCUCGAAUUGGAAGUCACCGUCACCCGCAAAGACAAGUCGGAACAUUCACUCAAUUGCAAAAUCACAUACGAAGGAGUCGGCGCAGAAGACGUCCCCCUUGUCGCCCAAGACAACCUCAUCACGCGAACGGCCAUCUACGUGCUCCGCUGCCAUGGCAUUCGCGACUUUCCCGUCGAGACACACGUGCACGUCAAGAACCCGAUCCCAUUAGGUCGAGGGCUGGGCUCUUCUGCUUCAGCCAUUGUCGGCGGUGUAUAUCUGGCGAAUGAGGUGGGCAACCUGCAGCUGAGCAAGGCGCGCAUGCUUGACUAUUGCCUGAUGGAGGAGCGCCAUCCAGACAACGUCGCGGCUGCUCUCUAUGGAGGGUUCGUCGGUACCUAUCUCAAUGAGCUGUCGCCCGAAGACACGGAACGCCUCGAGAUUCCCCUCAGCGAAGUGCUGCCCCAGCCCGCUGGUGGUGUUGACACUGGUCUACGCCCGCCAGAGCCCCCCCUCAACAUUGGUCACUACACAAAAUUCAAUUGGUCACCUGCGAUCAAGUGCAUCUGCAUUAUCCCUCAAUUCGAGGUUUCGACAGCAAAGGCACGCGCAGUCCUUCCCGAGACAUAUUCGCGCAAGGAUGCCAUCUUCAACAUGCAGCGCCUGGCCGUCCUCACUACUGCCCUUGGGCAAACUCCCCCAGACCCUGAUAUGAUCUACACCGCUAUGCAGGAUAAAUUCCACCAGCCCUACCGCCGUGGUCUGAUUCCAGGCCUCACGGAGAUUCUCCAGUCCGUCACCCCACAAUCACACCCUGGCCUGCUAGGAAUCUGCCUUUCAGGCGCCGGCCCUACCAUCCUCGCUCUCGCAUCCUCGAACUUUGACUCGAUAGCAGAACACCUUCUCAAGGAGUUCAAGAGAGAGGGUAUAGUCUGCGAUUGGAAAUUGCUCACUCCAGCUGAGGAAGGCACUACUGUCAUCCGCCCCACAUCCACCAACAUCGACGGUGGAGAAGCACUCACAUAUGCGUCAUCAGGCGUUAGCAUCGACGCUGGCAACCAGCUCGUCAAGCGCAUAAAAGCCUCGACGGCCAGCACCCGCCGGCCAGGCGCUGAUGGUGAAAUCGGCGGAUUUGGCGGCCUUCUCGAUCUACAAGCGGCCGGGUACACCGAGGCCCCUAUUCUUGUCGGCGCCAUCGACGGCAUCGGCACAAAAGUCAAAAUCGCUUUUGAAAUGGGUAAGCACGACACUGUCGGUAUCGAUCUCGUGGCUAUGAACGUCAACGACCUUGUCGUUCAGGGCGCCGAACCACUCAUGUUCCUCGACUACUACGCCUGCAGCAAACUCGAUGUCGAAGGUGCAGCCAAGUUUGUGGAAGGCGUCGCCGAGGGGUGUCGGCAAUCUGGUGCUGCACUCGUAGGCGGCGAGACUGCAGAGAUGCCAGGUAUCUACAAGGAAGGCGAGUAUGAUGCUGGUGGUGCGGCCAUUGGGGCUAUCAAGCGCGGUACUACCAUUCUCCCCGACUUCGCGGCCAUGGCAGAAGGCGAUGUUCUUCUCGGACUGGCAUCGAGUGGUGUCCACAGCAAUGGCUUCUCUCUUGUCCGAAAGAUUGUAGAAAAGCAAGGUCUGUCCUUCCGCGACGCUUGUCCAUGGCAACGAGGAACGGACAUUGGCACCGCGCUUCUCACGCCAACGCGCAUCUACGUGAAACCCCUUCUUGCUGCCAGUCGUCAUGGGUUGAUCAAGGGAAUGGCGCACAUCACCGGUGGCGGUCUCCUCGAGAACAUCCCACGCAUGCUACCCAAGACGCUGGCGGCGGAGCUAGAUGCGAAGACAUGGCCGGUACCAGAUGUGUUUAGAUGGCUCAAGAGCGCUGGACGACUAGAGCAUACCGAGUUUGCGAGGACAUUCAAUACGGGGCUUGGUAUGGUCUUGGUGGUCAGCCAAGACAAGGUCAAGGCGACAAUGGAAGGGCUGGAGGAGUUUGGGGAGAAGGUAUAUGUGGUUGGGUCGCUGAAGAAGCGAUCAGGGGCCGACUGUACGGUCACCAACAUGGAUGUCUGGAGUUGA